UUCUUGUCUGUUUUACCUUUCUUAGCACGCACCACGCUUUAGUCGACAGGAAGUGACGUGCCAAAAUAGAACUACAACUUCUUCUUCUUCUCCUCCUACUCCGUACUCUACUGCCGUCUGCCGUUUUGAAGAACUACUUAUCUCAACAUUUUAAAUUAUUAUUAUUAUUUUGUUAUUUACUUGAUAACGGCUGAGAAAACAUACUUCAACAAACACAGUUUAUUUUUAUUUCUUUACAUUUAUUUUUUUCGGGGGAAAAAAAGCAUUUAACAAAUUUCACAGACUAGUUUUAUAAACGACCAAAAUGUUUUUGGUCUUAUUGUUUCAUAUUAGUCAUUGGGCGAUUUUUUAAAUAAAAAACGAAUGCGUUGAAAUAAUUUAAAGGCUAGGCUUAUAAACUAACUAGCAUUAGCUGAAGUACUUUAAUAGCGAAGGUGUUCUUGUUACUAUGGUAACCCAAGGCGUCAGGGAGGUAAAUGUAGCUGCUGGCAUGUCAGACGAUACAGCAGUUAAAGUACGUUUAGGAUUUUGGACCGUACACACCUACUGUUGUAGCUGAGCACAAGUAAACCAGUCGUGAAAGAGGCUUGAGACAUGGAUAACUGUGAUUUGGAGAAGCUGUCUGUCUCCUGUGGGAAACUGCAUCCAGCGUUCACAGCAGAAGUUACAGACUACAAAGUGACAGUGGAGAGCAAUGUCAGCAAAGUGACUUUGGACCUGAUUACCAGUGACUGUGGAGCUACAUACAGUGUUCUAUUUGGUGACGGCUCCAGCACCAUUAAACUGAAUAAUGGGUUAAACAGAGUGGAAAUUGAGGUGGUAGCUGAGGAUGGCACUUUAAAGAAAUACUGUGUGGAAAUCACCAGGCUCUCUGCAAAGGUUGCAGAACUCAGUGAUCUGGCUUUGGAAGGAGAUAUUCUACUUCAUCCAGCAUUUUGCACAAAAAUCUACGAAUAUAACAGCAUUGUUCCCUUUCACUGUAAUGCUGUGACCCUGCUCCCCAAGGUGCCAGACAAAAACAUAAAGGUUACAGUGAAUCAGGGAGACAGCUCUCAACCAGUCCCGCUGAAUUUUGGAGACACUGUGGUGGAGAUCUCAGUUUGUUCAGCAGAUGGCAGUAAUUCACAGGUGUACACAGUGUUGGUGACUCGAGGGCUAUUUCCUGUGGCUGUGACCUUCACUGAUGGGAAACAGCAGCUGGACUAUGAAUGUCCAGUAUCUCUGAGUGCUUUCUAUAGACCUGUGUCUAUCAACCACAGUGACCCAAAGCACAUCUUCUCAAGGCCUCAUAUCGAGAUGUUGGCACGUAGAUCAAAAGUCGACCCACUUAGCGGCUGUCCUCUGAGAGACGGCUGGAAGGUUGUCGAACUGGACCUUGACAGGAAGAUGUCGGCUGCUCUGGUCAAGUGUUUCUUUACUUACAGAGGAUGUGACAGUGUGAUGAAACUGUCUGAGCUGGGGUCACACUCCAUGGACUGUCCACACAAGCCCUCAGGGGACCUGGAUGCAAAGAAUGUCACAGAGACUGAUUGGUACAAGAAACACUUUGCAUCAUCCAGUUGUUUGGAGAUCGAGACUAAACACAGUUUGGAGGUGCGUAACUGGGAGAAAAGACUACAAAUGUCAGUGGAAGAAGACAAUGUGGACAGACUGUGUGCUUUGGCUCAGGAUAACCUGAAACUCUACCGGCAACACCUUCCAAAACCUGGGGACGUGUUGCUGUAUGAUGAUGGCCAGUCUCCUUUACAUAGCCUGGAGCAGGCCGCUGUCCACUAUGCAUCUGCUAUCAGACUCAGCUGCAGAGAAGCCAGACUCCACUUCCUGCUUGGUCUCGUUCUGGAGGAGCAGUACUAUGCUACAGAGAUGUAUGGCCUCCAGAGGAAGACGGACAGACACAGAGAUGAAUUAAGCGAUGCCAAAUCAACAGCACGCCAAGACGACAUCCUGGCUGUGUGCAAGCUCCACGGUUUCCUUGGCACGCCCACGGUGGAGAACCAGCUGCAGGCCUUGGAUAAAGAAUACCAGCAGCUCAGAGAGCAGGGGCAGUCCAGCAAAGCAGACUAUGUUCAGACACUCUACAUCUGGCUCUCAAAGAAAUCUGGCAAGGACAGCAGUGCAGCUGUGCUGGAUGAAGAGAGUUGUGUUCACCGGGCCCUGAUGAAGUACCUGGAUGCCUGGUCUCUGAGUCCUGACAGCUGGGAGUACAGCCUCCACGUAGGCAGGCUUCUGCUUCUGCAGGGGAGGAGCAGGGAAGCCCUGCAGCACCUCCAGAGUGGCCUGGCACUGCGCCCACUACAUCCUGCACUCAGAUUCUUCACUGGGCUGUCUCUGCUGCAGCAGGAGCAGAAAGCCUCUGAGAACACAGAGAAGGAAGCUGCUCUGUUCUUGCAUCAAGGACUGGAGCACUUUGUCAGCCAGCGAUGCAGCAAGAGCUGGGUGGAGCAGGAUCUGUCAGACCCUCUGUCCAGCAUCAGCACACACUUCCUGCGAGGCCUUCUCACUCUGGGCCAGCUGCAGCAGAGAAACACACUGUCUGGGAAGGCCAUGAGUGCAGAGCAGGUCUAUCACAUCGUAGCAGUGCUGACUGCCCAGAGUGUGAGUCAGUGUGUGUGUCGUGGCGAGGUAAGGGAGCAGCUGGAGUGGGUGCUCCUGGAUGCUCACUUCUCCAUGCUGCAGAGACUGAUCCAGCAGGGUGAGCGUCAGGCCAAGUCUGACAUCGAGAGGCAGUCCCUGGUGGCAAAGAGAUGCCAGGCCCUCACAGCUCUCAUACGCCUCAGCUCUAUCGCCCCCUGUCAGGAACUGCUGGACAUGCAAGAGAGGGCAUGCCAGCUAGCAGUAGUGACCACACCACGGGACAGCCAUGCCCUAUGUCUCCUGGGUCUGGCACAGCUGGCCCAAUAUGACAGCAACCCAAAUUCAGACAGGUCAAAAGAAGCCAUAAGUGAUGCCUGCCUCAGCUUCCAGGCCAGCAUUGAGCUGGAACACAAGACUCAGAGUGGAGAGCCACUUGAACAGCUGAGCAAACAAAAAUGGUGGCAGGACCGGCAAGAGGCUGAAAGUGCGAAAGCUGCCAAGCAGCCCAUCACCCAACCAGCAGGAGUGAAAGGGCCCUCUGACUCCAGUGUGGCCAAGAGAGGAGCUAAGCGUGGCAGGGGCGGGCCUGGUCAAGGGCGCGUGGUACCAGCUGUGACCAAAGCUGCUGCUCCUACAGCUACAGCCCCCAUCAGGGGAGGCAAAGCUGCCCAGCCUCCAGCCAAAACCCCUGCAGCCAGGGGGAGAGCUGGAGCAACAUCCAAGACGGACAGAUCAGCUAAACCUUCCAGCAGCAGUGCUAAACCCCAGCUCCCUGCCAACAAGUCAAAACAGGACUGCCGUCCCAAUACUGUUGAGACAGCAGAGGAGCCUGAUGUGGUCGACAAAGUGAGUGUUUCCAGUCCAGUGAACCGCAGGUCUCAUAUCUCACGGCUGGGUCUGGCCCGCGCCCUCUCCCGCUCUGCAGACACUCAGGAACAGGCAAAGCAGCUCUACCAAGAGGUCAUCUCCAUGGCACCAGGGGUCCACGAUGCAUACACUGAGCUGGUGCAGCUGCUGGAGCCAUCAGACCCUCAGGCUGCAGUGGAGGUGUACUGCAGAUUCCCUCUGAAGCCUGUGGCUGAGCAAAGCUUCGACGAUGCCUUCAUCACAGGAGAGAUCGUCCGCAUGCUGAUGACACUGGAGCAGUACGACCACCCACAGCUGGAGGACAGCCUCGUAGCAUACGGCAAAGUCAUGGGCCUAAGUUGUAUAGACAAAUACAUCGACAUCUUGGAUGGGAAGUCCAUGAACAAGUUACUGAAGAGUGUCUAUGCAAGGAUCAAUGACAGACAGGAGGACGAUCAGGACCUACAGGAUUUCUUCAGGUUUAAAUGCUGGAUAUAAUAAUGCUUAACAAAUACCUGUAUUAAUCUUUGUGAAUGUUUAAGUUAGCCAGUUUGUAUUGUACUGUUUACCAAAAAGACUGGUGUUGCUGAUAAGAAACUUUGUUCAUAAAUACAGUAAUCCUCUUGCCUUUAUUUACUUAUUAGACAGAAGACAAAUGAGAAAAUCUUCUUCUCCAAAGGCACAUUUAAUUUGGAAAACACAGAGUUCUCAAUAAAAAUGACAUAUCAAAAGUGAAAACUUCAACAGUAGACAGAACUGGAAGCAACACAAAUCACCAAUAGUGCAACUAAAGAGGUGUUUCAGUGAGCAUCCAACAAAAAUGGAAAUAUAUUUUUUAAAAAUCAA